AUGGAUGACACCUGGCUUGAAAGCAAUCAAUGGGAAAGGGAUUUAGGGGUCUUUAUAAACCAGAAGCUGAACAUGAGCCAAGAGUGUGACGCAGCAGCUAAAAAUGCCAAUGUGAUUGGAGGGGCUGCAAUUGCACUUCAUCUGAACAGACAGACACUCGAGAACCAGCAGAGACUCAAGAACCAGCAGGAAAAUGAUGUUCCCAGAAACAGCUCUCUUUGUGGUGAAUUAUAUCCUCGCUCGGAGGCCCCGGAGCCCUUCUCCCCGCCGGGUCUUUGCGGAGAUGCCCUGGAAGCGUCUGUCCAGCCUGCACCCAGCCUCCUACUCUGUCCGCCAUGGUCUUCAGGACUACUGGGUCAGCCCUCAGAGGCGCCACUUGGCCGGCAGUGCAUGGCACACCUCAGCCAGGAAGGUCCUGGUGCUGCCCGGGAGCACCGGCGUCUCCGACGUGGAGUCGGCCCACUGGCCCAGCUCAGGGCAAUACAGGCACAACCUCAUAUGGAAAAACCGCUGGCAAUACCUGAACCACCAUUACCUGGGCAAGAGAACCCAGCGAAGCCGCCGCGUCACACAUCUGAGCUUCUGAACUCUUCCCCAAGGGCCAUGCAUGAGAAUCCACAGCCUUGAUCCCAGAGGAACCCACUGCUGUGUCUUUCAUAGCAGAGUGACCCAUUCUUCGGCUUUCUUGGGUCCAUCUCCGCUCCGUGAAACAACGUUCCUGCGACUGCAUUGUUGAAUUUAUUUGGUUUGGCACUAUUUUGAUUGCUGUGGCUCAAUGCUAUGGAAUCCUGGGAUUUUUACUUUGAUGCGAUACCAGUACUCUGUGGCAAAGAAGGCUGAAGUCCUUGUCAAACUACAAAUCCCAUGAUUCCAUAGCACUGA